AUGAGAUUCUCCUCCAUCAAGUUCGUAGGAAGCCCCAACGCUCUCAACGCCGAUACCUUCACGCUGUACCAAGGGACUUACUUCAGCGGGAUGGAGAAGUAUACCAUAGAAGACAUACCCGACUUGGGGGCCUUCAGCAACCUCGCCUCUUCUGCCAUCGUGACAGGUUCUUCCCCCUGGACGCUCUAUUCCGGCUCAGGCUACACCGGUACCGCCGUGUGCCUGUACCCCGACACCGACUCCAUCUCCGUCAACGACCAGGCCAUCACCGUCGGCGCCCACGGCCAGCUCGCCUACUUACGGCCUGACAACACGUCCGCUCAGUCGCCAAGGGGUGCUCUCCAGAAUAUCGUGAAGGCCGAGCUCACUCCCCAGGGCUCCUCCUCGAACGGCGCUUGGGGGAAGUUCGCGUAAAUGCUCUUCGUCCUCCCUUGAGUGGAAAGGCAGAAGGACCUUUGUCGUUUAGUAUUGUGUCGGGAAAUGCAUUCGUUUAAUUACG